AUGGCAAACGUGACAAGCACCAUCGUGGCCGAUCUAGCCCACAACGUGAAUACCACUCCGUUCAAGGAUGCUCAAGCGGCCAAGGUCGAUGUCACCGAGUUCUACGACACUGCUGCAUCGGACCAUCAAGCGCAACCAGCCUCAAGUGUCAGCUCCAUUCUCCACGCCAAACUCGAACGCAAGCCGGCCACCGUCACCGCCAGCAAGGGCAACUAUCUCUACACAUCAGACGGCGCCGAAAUCUUCGAUGCCACCUGUGGUGCCGCAGUCGCAUGUAUCGGGCACAACGAUCCGCGCGUCAAAGACGCCAUCGUCAAACAGUUGGACACGGUUGAAUACUGCUAUGCGCCGUUCUUCGCUACCGACGCCGCCGAGCAAGUUGCGAGCAUGCUGACGGACUCCACGGGCGGAGAUAUGUCCAAGGUUUUCAUUGUGAGUUCGGGCACCGAAGCAGUCGAAGCCGGCCUCAAACUCGCGAGGCAAUACUUCACCGAGCUCCUCCCACAGCCUCAGCUCCAGCGGACAAAGUUCAUCGCCCGCAGGCAGUCGUACCACGGCAACACACUGGGGUCCUUGUCCGUCGGGUACCACGCGGGCCGCCGCGCGAUCUACGAGCCCAUUCUCGGUACCAACAGCAACGAGGAGUACGUCGCGCAAUUGGCGCAGGAACUCGACGAUACUUUCCAGUCUCUCGGUCCGGAUACAGUCUGCGCGUUCAUCGCCGAGACGGUCGCUGGUCUUACACUAGGCUGUGUGCCUCCCGUGCCUGGCUACCUUCGAGCCAUGAAAGACGUCUGCGACCGGCACGGCGCGCUCUUCAUUCUCGACGAAGUCAUGUCCGGCAUGGGUCGGACGGGCACGAUGCACGCCUGGUCCCAAGAAUCAGAAUCCCCACUAGAUACCCCAUACGGCGUGGUUGUUCCCGACCUCCAGACCGUCGCCAAAGGCCUGGGUGCCGGGUACGCGCCGAUCGGCGCACUGCUGGUGAACAAGCGCGUCGUGGACGUGCUGAGCCAUGGCACCGGCGCCUUCGCGCACAGCCAGACAUAUCAGGGCCACCCUGUUGCGUGCGCGGCGGCGAAUCGGGUCCAACAGAUCAUCCGUGAGGAGAACCUUCUCGAGAACGUCCGCGUCAUGGGCGAGAAGCUAGGUAAAUCGUUGACAGAAAGGCUGGGAGCGCAUAAGAACGUAGGCGACAUUCGGGGAAGGGGUCUACUUUGGGGUCUCGAAUUCGUCGAGUCCAAAUCCACAAAGAAACCCUUCCCACCAUCCGACCAGAUCGCCGCCAAAAUCCACAACACGGGCUUCAAGCCGGACUUUGGCAUCUCAUUGCUCCCCGGCACGGGCGUCGUGGACGGCCACAGCGGCGACGUCAUUGUGCUUGCGCCGGCUUACAACAUCACCGCGGCCGAUGUCGAGAUCAUUGUGGACAGAGCGGAAAGGGCGGUGCGUGCCGUUCUAGGCUGA